GGGGCCACGCUGCUCCGGGGCGGGGCUUCGGGUCAGCUGACCCGGGCUGUGCAGUCCGACCCCAGAAGCCGGGCGGGCGGCGGGUCGUGGCGCGCAGCCAUGGUCUGGAAGAAGGUGGGCUCCGGCAACUUCUCCGACUGCCCCAACGGCUCCCGCCCGUGGAUAUGGGACGUGUUCGGCGAAUGUGCCCAGGAUGGCUGGGACGAGGCCAGCGUGGGCCUGGGCUUGAUCUCCAUUCUCUGUUUUGCAGCAUCCACCUUCCCCCAGUACAUCAAGGCCUGCAAGGCCGGCAACAUGGACCAGGCGCUGUCUCUGUGGUUCCUCUUGGGCUGGAUCGGAGGAGACUCCUGCAACCUCAUCGGCUCCUUCCUGGCCGACCAGCUGCCCCUGCAGACCUACACGGCCGUGUACUACGUGCUGGCGGACCUGCUCAUGCUGUCGCUCUACUUUCAUUACAAGUUUAAGAAACGGCCCUCGGCGUUGUCUGCCCCCAUCAACGCGGCGCUCCUGGUCAGCUCGGGGGUGGCGUGCGGCACCCCGCUGCUGAGGCGCGCCGGCCCCGAGGCUGCCCCGGCCGAGGUCUUCCGGGGCCGGACGCUCCUGUCCGUGGAGCCGGGCAGCAAGCCCUUCACUCAGCAGGAAAUCAUCGGCUUCGUCAUCGGCUCCGUGUCCAGCGUGCUGUACCUGCUGUCGCGGCUGCCUCAGAUCCGCACCAACUUCCUGAGGAAGUCGACGCAGGGCGUCUCCUACUCGCUGUUCGCCCUGGUGAUGCUGGGGAACACGCUGUACGGGCUGAGCGUGCUGCUCAAGAACCCCGAGGUGGGCCAGAGCGAGGGCAGCUACCUGCUGCACCACCUGCCCUGGCUCGUGGGCAGCCUGGGCGUGCUGCUGCUCGACACCAUCAUCUCCAUACAGUUCCUGGUGUACAGGGAUACCGCCACCUCCUCGGAGCGCCAGCCCCUCCUCCCCAGUUGACCAGGACCUCCAGAGGCCACUCCCAGGAGGGGACAAGUAUGGGCCGGCCCGGCGCUGCUGCCCCCGGACUGGGCCAUGGAGGGAGCCGGGGGCACCUGGAGGCCCCGGCCCAGCUGCGUCCCCACCUCCAAAACCUCCUGGCCGCCGCUUCCAGGAACCCGGACUCUGCGGGGAGCGAGGAGGAAGUGGGGCGCCAGGGCCAGCCCCUGCCCCCUUGGGACACCCCCUAGUCUGAAGCUGCUGUCCCUUGGGAGCCUCGAGGGAGGGGUUGCAGCUGCACCCCCGGCCCCCUCCGUCCGCCUGCGUGCACACUCCUCGGAGCGGGGCGUGGCCGCAGCCGGGUGACCCCAGGACCUUGCUGCUGACCCCGGCCGGCCGAGUAAACGGUCCCUGCCAGCGAGGCGUCCUUCUGCUCCUUCCCCGAGGUGCUGGGGUCCGCGCUGCUCUGAGCAGCAGCUUCCAGGUCGGGGCCCGGAGGUCGGGCUGUGGCAGGGCCAAGCGGGCCGCCCGGCCUCGGGGGGACCUCGGGUUUUCUCCCCUGCUCCUGGGUAACAGACCCCAUCGCUGGGGGUGAGGACGCAGCAGCGAGAAUGACAGGGUCCCGGCCUCGUGUUGUCAGGAAGAAGCAGAGUAGUUAAGGUUCAGAUCUUGGGUCUGCAUCUCAGCUUCUCUGUGCCUCAGUUACCUCGUCUGUGAAAUGGGAUGACACUGUUCCCAGUUCA